GCUGAAUUUCACGAAAAAUUGUCGGAACACCUCCAUUGCAAUUUUAAUCUCCAUCGUCAUCAAUUCACCCUGCGAAAUUUCCCAGCCGAUGUCAUCGCGAAAUUUCGCUGUCUUUUUGUGAUAUUUCCUUUGUUGUGACAGCUAGGAACCCGCCUUGUGCAACGAUGUGAUGAGUUUAUUUGUGUCGGCGCAUACGUGUCGCGGUUCUUACAUUUGCGCACAUAAUACAUGCGAAUAAAAUCGUGUAAAAUGGCAACCUUGACACUUGGUGAUCGUUUUUGGUGGCUCGUGUAGGGCAUUCAUCUUUUGUGUCGCUGGCGAAUGGUGAAAGCGAGCACAAACGCCUCUGCAAAAAGUCCUUCGUAAAGUUCAAUUCACGAUUUUCUCACUGAAUGACAUUCGACUCGUUUUCGCGGCUCUUUUUCUACUUUUGUGCGUGUUCGUGCUUUGUUUGAAGAAUUCGAUGUCAGAUUCUGUUAUGAGAAAAUAAGCGACCAGUAUUUACAGAAAGUUGGAAUGAUAUUCGUGAGCGCCGGUGCAUUUUGAUACCCAUCAAUGGACGUCAUUACGAAUCGCCACGCGACCGGAAUCAAAAAAGACUAUUAAAUCACGACUCGAAGGAUAAACUGCUUUAGGAAACAUAAGGCAAAAUGACGCAAAUGGAGCAGCAAAUGCCUAUUCCUGUGCCAGAUUUGAGCACACUGCGAAUAACAACAGCAGUUUCUAUGCUUGGUAAAGCUUACGGAUGUGGACAAUGCACCGCUCCCCCACCGGGGCCUACAACAAGCACUGCUGUGGGAGCAGCUGGAACAACUGGAAGCAGUGUUGUUGCCCCCAGUUCCUUGGGCCUGGUUCCCGCCCAACAAACACACACGCCUCCUCAACCUCCAGAUCUGCCGAUGUUCGCAUGUCCAAGAAGGCCAAACAUUGGUCGCGAGGGCCGCGUCAUCGGCCUGAGGGCCAACCACUUCCAAAUUACAAUGCCUCGUGGUUACGUGCACCAUUAUGAUAUAAAUAUCCAACCUGACAAAUGCCCAAGAAAAGUUAAUCGAGAAAUUAUUGAGACUAUGGUUCACGCAUAUAGUAAAAUUUUCGGAACUCUCAAGCCUGUUUUCGAUGGCAGAAGCAAUUUAUACACUCGGGACCCGUUGCCGAUCGGCACAGAUAGAUUAGAGUUAGAGGUUAUACUUCCCGGAGAAGGCAAAGACAGAGUCUUUCGAGUUGUAAUCAAGUGGGUGGCUCAAGUUUCUCUCUUCGCCUUGGAAGAGGCACUAGAGGGACGAACCCGACAAAUUCCCUUCGACGCAAUCCUCGCAUUGGAUGUGGUAAUGAGGCACUUACCGUCCAUGACCUACACACCCGUUGGAAGGUCGUUCUUUAGUACCCCAGACGGUUAUUAUCAUCCCCUUGGUGGCGGAAGGGAGGUUUGGUUCGGUUUUCACCAGUCUGUGCGGCCCUCACAAUGGAAAAUGAUGUUGAACAUCGAUGUCUCUGCGACCGCCUUCUAUAAAGCCCAACCAGUGAUUGAAUUCAUGUGCGAAGUUCUGGACAUCCGAGACAUCAACGAACAGAGAAAACCUCUGACCGAUUCGCAACGAGUCAAGUUUACCAAAGAAAUCAAGGGGCUGAAAAUUGAAAUCACACAUUGCGGAACUAUGAGGCGAAAAUACAGAGUCUGUAAUGUCACGCGCAAACCUGCCCAGAUGCAAUCCUUUCCAUUGCAACUAGAGAAUGGACAGACGGUCGAAUGUACAGUUGCCAAGUACUUCUUAGAUAAAUAUAAAAUGAAGCUGCGUUAUCCUCAUCUUCCGUGCCUUCAAGUUGGUCAGGAGCACAAACACACGUACUUACCUCUCGAGGUCUGCAACAUCGUGGCAGGUCAGAGGUGCAUUAAGAAACUGACGGACAUGCAAACGUCGACGAUGAUCAAAGCUACGGCUCGUUCUGCUCCUGAUCGUGAACGGGAAAUCAACAAUCUUGUCAGACGUGCUGACUUUAAUAACGAUUCUUACGUACAAGAAUUUGGAUUGACAAUCUCGAACAACAUGAUGGAAGUUAGAGGACGUAUCCUACCUCCGCCCAAACUUCAGUAUGGAGGCCGCGUUAGUUCCCUCAGUGGACAGACGAAGCAACAAGCGUUGCCCAAUCAAGGUGUGUGGGACAUGCGAGGAAAACAGUUCUUCACUGGUGUCGAGAUUCGAGUAUGGGCGAUCGCGUGUUUCGCCCCGCAGAGAACAGUUCGAGAAGAUGCGUUGCGUGCCUUCACAACGCAACUACAAAAAAUCAGCAACGACGCUGGAAUGCCGAUAAUCGGACAACCUUGCUUCUGUAAAUAUGCCACUGGUCCUGAUCAAGUUGAACCGAUGUUCCGAUAUCUGAAAUCAACUUUCCAGUCUUUACAAUUAGUCUGCGUAGUCCUGCCUGGAAAAACUCCUGUCUAUGCCGAGGUUAAGAGGGUAGGCGAUACUCUCUUGGGAAUGGCGACACAGUGCGUGCAGGCGAAGAACGUAAACAAAACAUCCCCACAGACAUUGUCAAAUCUUUGCCUUAAGAUUAACGUGAAACUCGGCGGUAUCAAUAGCAUUUUGGUGCCAAGCAUCAGACCCAAGGUCUUCAAUGAACCGGUCAUCUUCCUCGGAGCUGAUGUUACACAUCCACCUGCAGGCGAUAACAAAAAACCGAGCAUAGCAGCUGUAGUUGGAAGCAUGGACGCUCAUCCUUCGCGGUACGCAGCCACGGUUCGAGUUCAACAACACAGACAGGAAAUCAUCCAGGAACUCAGUUCCAUGGUUAGAGAGCUGCUGAUUAUGUUUUACAAGAGCACCGGCGGCUACAAACCACAUAGGAUAAUCCUUUACCGCGAUGCUAUUUCUGAAGGUCAGUUUUUGCACGUUCUUCAACAUGAGUUGACGGCCAUUCGUGAGGCCUGCAUCAAAUUAGAAGCCGAUUACAAGCCUGGAAUAACCUUCAUUGCCGUGCAAAAGAGGCAUCAUACCCGUUUGUUCUGCGCUGACAAGAAGGAACAGAGCGGAAAGAGUGGAAAUAUUCCGGCUGGAACGACAGUCGACGUGUGUAUCACACAUCCGACCGAGUUCGACUUCUAUCUGUGCAGUCACCAAGGAAUCCAGGGAACCUCGAGACCUUCGCAUUAUCACGUCCUUUGGGAUGAUAAUCAUUUUGAAAGUGACGAGCUACAGUGUCUCACCUACCAACUCUGCCACACAUAUGUCAGAUGUACGAGAUCUGUUAGUAUACCAGCUCCAGCUUACUAUGCUCAUUUGGUUGCAUUCCGUGCUAGAUAUCACUUAGUCGAAAAAGAACAUGACAGCGGAGAAGGAUCUCAUCAAUCGGGCUGCAGUGAAGAUCGAACGCCUGGUGCGAUGGCACGAGCGAUAACAGUUCACGCCGACACCAAGCGAGUUAUGUAUUUUGCGUAAUUUAUAUGCGCGUGUUGAUGAUCUGCGAAAUCGCCAUAUCCACUGAAGGAAAAAAUUCGGGAGUAACUGGCAAUAUCCGUACCGCACUUUAUACCCAAGUUGAAAUCUAUGUAUUGCAUUCACCCCAGAAUUAUUUCUUUCAGUGUCUCUGAAAGUAACAAAGCGGAGUAAUAGAGAGAGGGAGAGAGAGAGAGAGAGAGAGUAGCAUGCUACUUAAGUGUGACGUUUGACGUGCUCGGGCGGCCAAUUUUUUUGAUAGAUCAUUUCCAAGUAUAAUGUCGCACGUCUGCCGAACAUCGGAGUGCCAAAUAAUUUCACUGCUUGACAAAAGAAAAGAAAGAAAAAAGAUUAGAAAUCAAGGUUUCCGUCAGGGGUGUUCAGUUGGCGGACGAUUUUCGAUCUCUGUUUGCUUCUCGAUACAAAGAGUAGAUUUUAAUGAAAAAGGUGCUUUUAGUUAAUCACGUUUUAGAUUAAAUUAAGGUCUUUCGCAGAUUCACACGAAAAAAAGGGGGAGAAUGAAGAAAGGGAUUUUAUAUAGAUUUGGCCUGUGUGCCUGAAUUACGCUUAUUUUUUUCGAGGUAGUCGUAUGUACCUCAAUGAAUCUGGCAUUUGUAUUAUAAUAAUAAUGGAAAAAAUUACGCUACACGCAACCAUUUCGCACUUGAGACUGCCAAUCUAUUAUUGUUUAUGGUGAAAUAUUUACUCUAAAAAAAUUACGAGGCUUAAUAUAACCUUACAUUCGAAUCGACUUGUUUAGAAUAAUUAAUGAUGAAGAGAGUAGAGAAAAAAAUUGGCCACCUUGAGUGUUGCGUCAGUAGUCAAGAAAAAAACGCUUGAAAAGAAAAAAGAACCCAACAAAGACAUGGAGCUGAUUUUCCAAGAGUUAAAUAAGCGAAUGGCCAAAGUAAGUUAGAAUUUUAUUAGAGUGAAAUUGGGAAUUGUGGCGAAUCAGGGCACUUUUUGUUUUGCCUUUAUAAUAAUGCUUUCAAUUGGGAAAUUACUUUGCCACGAUUACUGAUUUUCGCAUUGCUAUGUGUUCUGUAUCAAAUCUUGUCAUUCUAAAAUCUAAAUUUACAAGUCUUUUGACUAACGACCAAGUGUCAGUAACACAACUCAUCCAAACUUAUCCAAUGCUUGUUAUGAACUCAACAUUAUUAACAAAUAUUCAGCACCACCGAAAUAAUAUUAGUUAGACUAGCUAGCAGUUUAAUCGGGUGGAUGGAACUCGACAGUUGGCAGAAGUAGUUGUAGGAUUCCAGUAAAUAUUGAGCAGAUAAACAACCCGUUAGAUUAAUGAAAAGAGUACUAAAUAUUAUUAUUAUUAUUAUUAUCAUUAUCAUCAGGAGAAUAUCCAUACAUUUGAUAAAUCCUUACGUUCCACACGCGGCAGAAAAUAUUUCCGGAAUCCUUUUUUGGAACAAUAAUAAUCAUCAUCUAGGCGUCAUGAUAAAUAAGUGAAGAAUAACUUUUAAGUGCAUUUCAGAGUCCUCUAGAUUUAUGUAGAGUAGAUAGUAAUUCAUAUUAGGUAGAUUAACUAUUUAUAACCGAGUAUUGGCUGUCGCACAUUCAGAGUUUCAUGCUUAACGAGAAACCCUCGACUGGCGACUUAUUUUUCAUAAAUUUUCUGAUGGGGAAUGGACGAAACUCAAAUUGUCGAGGGUUUCACGUCGUAGAUUUACGAACAUAAAGCAAGCCUCCCAGCGGGUUCUGAUAAAAAUUUCAAUUUAAUCAAUCAAUAAUAGCUUUUCUUAUUGUGAAUGGUUAAACUGCGAUACGCCGCAUGGUGACGAAAAUCCGAACUAGAAAGAAUGGGUGCGAUUUUAAAGAUGCAUUUUAAUUUAUGCAUAAAAGAAUUUUAGCGAUUGUUUUAAAUUAUUUAUUGGGUACUAAAAAUAGGCAUUUAUCGUAAACAACGGGGUUUAGUUAUAAUUUACAUCUUAUAUAGUAAAAAAGAAAAACACCUUUUUUGACAAAUAUUUUUCUGAAAAAAAAAAAGCAAUUAUUGUGCUAUUUAUUUUGAUUUUCAACAGAUUAUAAUAUUUAGGAGAGAACUCGUAUUUUUAAUUCUAAUCGUCUGUUAUUUGCAUAAUACGAACAAACUUACAUGAAAUAGUGAAAUAAUUGUUUUGUUUUUUUCAAAGCCUAUUUGACACGAAUGAGUUUUUUCACUGUAUAAGAUAGAAAUUCUAUGUAAACCUAUUUGUUCAUUUAUGAAGAUUUGUUUUUAGCAUUCAAUAAUUGUUUUAAACUUUCCGAAACAAUCGUAAAAACACUUUUAGGGAAAAAUUAAAAUACAUAUUUAAAAUUGUACCUACUCUUUCUAGUUCCAGUUUUCGGCAACAGGUGGUGAAAUUGUAGACCACCAUCCCCAAUACAAAUGACUAAUUCCUAAUAAAAGUUCAUAUUUAAUUUC